AUGCCGCAGGCGAGGAGCGUCGGCGAUUUGUUUUACUCGAGCGGCGCGGCCUUCGCUCGGCUGUGCGCUGCUGCCCGCUCUUUCGCUGAGGCUGCGAGUGCUGUCGCGGUCCUAAUGGUACGCCCGCCCACAUUGAUCGAGACGCUGGCCGAAGUCGACCGCCAGAGUGCCGACGGUCCGGCGCUUGUCUCAGACGAGCAGCGUGUCGCCGCCGCCGCCGCCGCGAAAACGAGGAAGAAGGAGCUCGUCCGCGCAGCCGGCCGCGCGGCAGUGGAGGACUCGCUGCAGAAUGGCCAGGAGGGCGCGCGGCGCAGCGGUCCAUGCCUCACCACGGAGUGCCUCGCCGCGCAGUGGCACGCAUACGCAGAGGUCUACGGCACGAAUGGGCUGGCGACAGGUUCUGCGGCGGCGCUGGGGACACGGCAGCCUGAGGCACGGCCAGCUCCUCCGCCAGAGGCUCCUCCGCCAGAGGCUCCUCCAAGUGCUCCUCCGUCAGACGCUCCUCCGCCACGGGAGAGGCCCCUCGCGAUCUGGGACUUUUAG